AUGUCUUUUCCUCAUCCAUCAUCAACGCAUUCGUUCCCGAAACAGAAGACAGAUCCAUCGGAUACGCCGACGCAGGAUCUUGCAUCGUGGGUGAACAAAGUUCGUCAACGCAACUCGUCGUCCGCCUCGUCUCGUAUUGCACUAGCAAGCCCUCGAUCCGACGACGUGACCGAGUCUCCCGCCUCAGAGCUCGAGCUCGAGUUCCAGAAACAGCGUCUCGAGCGACAGCAACGCAGAGAUCGCCUGUCCGUUUCAGGCAUCCGCGGAAUCUCGUCGUCCAAUCCGAACUCGCCUCUCGCUACGCCAAGUUUGGAAAGCUCCUCGUCGACAAGGUUUGACAACAAUCAAACUGGCACCAUGGCACCUCCUGACACUUCCUCUCAGUCCCCGCUGCUCGGCUCGUCACCGACAAAGGCUUCGGGUGUCACUGGGAUCAAGAGGGCCAAUUCGUUACUGGCUCGCUACGGAGGCCAAUAUGGUCCCACGGGUGUAGCGGCAGGACCGAAAGGCCCAAGUGACUCGCCUGUCUCUCUUGCCAACUUUAUGGGGGGAAGGGCAGCUGGGCCUCGCCUCGGCAAGCUAUCAGGAGAUGGCAAGAGCGCACCUCCCGAGGCGGAACUCAUUCACGAAAGUCGUCGAGUUCCACUGCCUGGACUGGCUCCCAACUCGGGACGUUCCCUUGCCAGCUUCCUCGAGGAGCGAGCUGAAGCUACGGGUCACCGUCGACCUGCAGCCGGCUCUCCAGCAUCGCCUGUGAAGGAACUCGUCUCUCCUGGAAAGGCGAGCAGCCCAGCUAAGUACUUGUUCACUCCGGCUGAACUAGGUCGCCCGUCCAGCAACGUCGAUUCGACCGGCGCAUCGGCCUUCGCCUCGCCAGCGCCUCCGUCGCCCAAAAAGGCCUAUCUGGAUCUCAUUGAGAAGCAGAACGCUUCUGUUCCCACUAGCACCCCUACUUCGCCCGCCAUUCCUCGCGCCUCGAGCCCAUCCAAGUUCCACAGAUUUCCCGGAGCAGACAGCUCCACAACCUCACCACUGCUUGAUCGACCAGCUUCUCCAGUGAAAGGCGCAUCCGGACCAUCUUCAUCUGUCCAUGUGGCCACCAGCCCAACACCCAAUGACAACCCGUUGCGAACAUCUCGACCACUUGCCAUCCCCAACUCUGGAUCACAGACACAUUCUUAUCACGGUUCGCCCGAGCGAAAGGAUGCCUCUACUAGUCCUUUCAAGCUCGAAGACAUUCGCGGCCCUGCUUCUGUUACAGCUACAACAGCACAGUAUAAGACUGACCACAACCUUGGCAAAGCCUGGACUCAAUCUACAGAAGAGGCUGUUGCUCCCGCUUUGCAGGUCUCUAGCCGAUCCAACAGCUUCGCCAACAGCGAACUGGUAGGUGCUGAUCGCAUGCCCACCGCCUCCUUGUCCCGACUCAGCGCCAAGAAGAUGGUCGGCCAGCGCAUCAAAGAGGCGCAGUUGCGUGAUGUCGUCGCACAAAAGGAAAGCGAUUCGAUGCAGGUGGGCACCCCUGGACGAAGCGUGCCAUCUAGUCCUGCCGUCCGCGAUCGAUGGCCUCCAGCUAUCCAGACCAGCGCCGCUGCCGUGCACUUGGCCCACGAAGAACGCAAAACCGACUCUCCCUGGUCGCCAACCAAGUACGGCAAUGCGCUCCCAGGUCUCGCCAAUCGUUCGCCCACCAAAGAGACGGGCUUGACCCCUUGGCAGUCACCCUCCGCAAAGAAGACCGACAUGGUGGCCGAACCACGAGCAGAACCUAUUCGACUGCCUGGAAUGGGUGGCAGUGUCAGCCCUUUUGCUCGCUUCGCGGAGAACAGAUCUCGAACGGAAGAUGCCAUCGUCCUUCCCGACUCGACUUCUGUCGCAAAUGCUUCCUCAAACUCGGAUCAGGUCCUGUCAUCUCUUACCAAGGCGCGGGCCAGGGGUCCCGUCCGAAAGGCUGCGACUGCAGACGCCAACGUUGCUCCUUCAUCCGCGAGCACCACUUCUACAGAUGUCCCUCAGACGACGCAGACACGUGCAAAUCAGAUGACAGACAAGCCCUCCAGCACGGGAUCAAAAAAACCUACCCGCAGGACCACAGGUAAGCGCAUCCACGUGCUAGUCUCUGGAUCUGGCUCCAACUUGCAAUCUUUGAUCGACGCUACCCUGCUUGAUCCUCCGUCGGGCAUUCCGGUUAUCGACAACGCACAGAUUACCUUUGUCCUUUCGAACCGCAAAGCUGCCUACGGCCUCACGAGGGCCGCCGAGUCGAACCCACCCAUCCCCACCAAGGUGCUUGCGCUCAAGACGUGGCAGAAUCACAACCCGGGCGGAACUCGAGAGGAGUACGACAGAGUGCUCGCCCGAGCCGUGCUCGACGGAGACAGUGCUGAGGGCCAAGGGACCCCUCCCGAUCUCAUUGUGUUGGCCGGGUUCAUGCACAUUGUCUCGGAGUCCUUCCUUCACGCUCUAGGCCACAAGACGAGCUUGCCUGCUACCACACCCACAAUCGGACAGCGCCCUUUGAAAGCAGUGCCAAUCAUCAAUCUGCAUCCCGCACUACCCAAGGCGUUUGAUGGUGCCAAUGCGAUUCCACGUGCUUUUGAAGCGUACAAGCAGGGUCUCACCGACAAGACUGGAUGCAUGGUGCAUGAAGUGGUGGCGGACGUCGAUCGCGGACGUCCCAUCAUUGUGCGCGAGGUGCCCAUUCUCCCAACGUACGACUUGGAGCAGCUCGAGGAGGCCAUUCACAAAGUUGAGCACAUUAUCAUUGUACAAGCAGCCGAUCUCGUGCUCAAAGGCCACUUGGAGGAGCUUGACCGUCAAGAAGCCGAGAAGCAGAAUGCGACUGUCGCCACAACAAGGCCGAAGAAAGGUUUGCUAACGGACAUGGUGCAACUCAAACGUCAGGACGGCGAUGUGGUUGCUAGAGCUACAUCAAUUGUUCGAAAUGCAAGCGCAACCUUGAAGCAGGUUGCAAGCGUCACCAUAUCCGAUUCUUCGCCAAAAUUCGCAAAGACAAUCUCACUUGAGGUUCUUACGAUCGACGCAGAUGGAUUUGUCGAGCAGUUGGAGCUAUCUGGCGAUCAGACAUUUCAACGCGGCGAGCAACUCCGGCGCGAACAGAUCCUGUACGAUGACGAGACGCUUGCCGUCGUCCAUAAGUUCAAGACCGCACGCGGUCUCACCGAAACUAAGGUUUGGAUUCGAACAGGACUUUGCUCUGCUCUGCAUCCCUUCGAGCUGGGCCCUCAAUCCAUGUCAUGUAUCGAGGGUCGCAAAGUGGCUGAACUGGCGCACAAAUACUCGACCCAGCCGGAGGUGGUUCCUGCCGGGUGCGAGUCUGGCGAGCUGAUCGCAGCGCUGUCAGGAACUUGGGCAUUGACCCGUCAAGGCUCGCGCAAACGCUUUGAUGCCGCUGCGCCGGCUUUGUACCGCGUCCGUCGAGCUGUCGCCUCGACCAAGAAUCAGCCGGAGAGCUUCACAAUCGAGCAGGUCGAUUUGCGAACCUCGAGCUUUUGCUCAAGCGACAGCUUUGUGUACGCGGUUCCUGUAAUAGGAGUGUGGCAUGGACGCGGUUCGCCCUCCUCCGUUCGAGCUGCUGCAGUGCGCUACGCUCAGGCGCUUGCCAGGUCUGUUUCACACUCAAUUCAAGACAUGUCCGAGUUGGAGGAAGGGUCGGAGGAUAGUGUGUUCUGGAAAAGCUUUGACCAGACGGAAGCCUACGCCAGCGCUUGGUUGCACCGUCAUCGUGAUGUGACCACUUCAGAUGAUUCCGUCCUCCUCGACGUCGAGCUACAAGAGCAAGAGCUCCGUCUACUUGGCUGCAGCGAGCGGAACUACUAUGGGGUCCACGACCUGCUACUGCCCACACGGGCAAGCAAGAUUUCGAUUGUGAACCUUCGGGACCGGGAGCUGUUCGUGAUCGUAGGCAAAGAUGCUCGAGGCGAUCGACUGCGACUAGCGUGCGCCAUACGGGCGGCCGAAGAGAUGGCUUCACAUCUCCAAGCUACGCAACGAACCUGUGCAGCCAGCAUUGCUAGCGUGGUGCCACGUCCUGCUGUGCACGUAGUUGUGCUACCCUCGAGGCUGCCGUUGGAAAUCCGAGCUGCCUCGCGCGUGUGGUCAGACGAGGUGGCCGAGUAUCUCACUGGCCAUGUUUUGAGCAUGAACGUUCAUUCGGGCACUCGAGCGUUGGAAGAUUUGUCGAAAUUGACUUGGCCGCGUUGGGCGUUGCAGGAUGCAGACCAUUUGCCCGUGGGGGUCGCUCCGGAUGACAUCGGACUCGAUUGA